CCACGACACGGUGUUGUACACUAUACUCCGAUUCUCUCAGGUACAACAAGUUUGUUGUAACAGAAAAAAAUGCUGCUAUAGUUAGACAUGGUUGACAGACAGCUUCAGAAUAUUGACCCAGAAGAGACUAAAAUACGGCCAAGAUGGGGAAGUUUGGCUAAUGAGCGAGACUUGCUAGAUAUACUUAGCAGGGAUCAUUCAUCUCUACAACCCACUUCCUUAACUCUAGCUGCUGUGAAUUCCAAUAUCUACGCUAGAAGACAUUCAGCCACAGACGAGCAUGUCAAAUCUCCAUCUACAAUACCCCUACGUCCUCCACCGGUUCCAAAACGAACUUUACCAGUCAUAAUUAACACAAACACCAACUCAAACUCGAACCAGCCGAAAGCUAGCAAGCCAGUCGAACCCCCGCCAUUACCACCGACUCCAAAAUGCCGUGCACUACCCACAAUAUUUUCCGAAGCCAAGCCGAAACCGACCAACCGCCAUGGCAGUAACGAUACCGUUAACAUCAACGACGCUCGUACGCUCGAUUUGAACAGAAACUCCUGUCAGAAACCGAAUUCCAAGUCGCCUAAUUACGACAGCUCGAUCAAACCCCCCUUGCAAAGCCAAUACCAAGCGAGCAAAUUACCCCCGGCACCAGUCGGACUGCCUCCCCCAGCGCCCAAAAGCCUCAACCACAAAAAUAACAAUAUGUCGAACAAGGUUCAAGUGCAGCAGCAGCACCAAGGAAAGGUGUCCAUCAGACAGGAUUCGAGCGUGUCCAGCGACAGUUUCAGCCAAACGUCUUCGCCCAGUUACACCACGAAGACCAUGGAAACGCCGCUUUUGCCGCCGAGGACGCCUAUCAAGCAAAACGGCGGUUUGAUUACGAAGGUGAAAACUCCCGAAGAGGAUUCUAACGGCAAUUCCAUGAUAACAAAGAGCGCAUCCACUCCUGCUAGCCUGCAGACCGUUGUCCGGUUCCAUAAUGGUUCAAACAUGUCGCUUCACCACAGGAUUAUCAGAGACAUUAGGCGACCCUCGUCUAUGUACACAAAUAGAUUAAAAUUCAGAUUUGCUCAAUUAGUUAUCAACGCCAUAGCACUUUUUGCUAUUGGAGCCGGAAUGGCGGCUUACUUUAAAGCUUAUCCAACAUCAGUGAAAGUAGUUAGCAAGUCUGUAAACGUAACUACCAACCCGAUAAUCGUUGAGAAGAAGAGCGACAACCCGGCGCCGGGCAUCUGCCUGCCCGUCAUAGUUCAGUUUUGCAAGAUGCACAAGAUCCCGUACAAUUUCACCGUGUUUCCCAAUUACAUCGGCCACUUCGGCCAAAGGGACGCCCAGCAGGAGCUGGAAGUGUACGACGCCGUGGUCGAUGUCAAGUGCUACGAUUUGGCCGCUUUGUUCCUUUGCUCGCUGUUCGUGCCGAAAUGCGGGCCCACCGGCGGCGUGGUACGACCUUGCAGGAGCCUGUGCAUGGAAACAAAGAGACGGUGCGGCUUCUUUCUGGAUGUAUUCGGAUUAAAUCUGCCCGAUUAUCUGGAUUGCGAAUUAUUUCCAGAAUCCACAAAUCCGAGUCAGUGCGUUGGCCACCAUGAAGUUAAACAAGCGAAACAACAAGCUGCUAAACCAGUAUGUGAUUUUGGUUUCCAAUGCGACGUCAAACGAUGCAUUCCGAAAGACUGGCAAUGUGAUGGGCAUGUAGAUUGUAAAGAUCAAUCUGAUGAACUGAAGUGUCACAAAUGUGGUCCAGGUAUGAUCAAUUGCGGAGCCAAUAAAUGUAUCACGCAGGAACAUUUAUGUGAUGGGAAAGUCGACUGCCCCUGGGGACAGGAUGAGAGAAAUUGUCUUAGACUAAGUGAACGGAAUGGAGAUGAAGGAAAGGGCCAAUUAGAAGUAUAUCGACCGGAACAAGAAAAAUGGGUACCGGCUUGCAUGGCCACCGUCCAUUGGGACGAGAAAAUUUCAGCCAAAAACAUAUGCUCUCUGCUGGGAUACUCCACCGCUAAUUACAGUCGCUUACUGCGCGGCGUCGACAGCCAAUCGCCGCCGAUCCACGAAAAAAUCGACAUAUGGAAGCUGAACCAGAACAAGCGAUCGAAAAAUUUGAUGAAGGAAUUCUCCUCGUGCAGCCCGGAGAAGAACUAUCCCACCGUGCAGCUCUCCUGCACCAAUUACGUUUGCGGGAAAGUUCGCAAAACUUACGACGUCGCCGGUUCGGCCAAUAAAGCCAAGAACUCCAAGAGGCAGAACAGCCGGCAGAAGAGAAUCGUCGGCGGGGUUCGCUCGCAGCCGGGAGAUUGGCCUUUUCUUGCGGCCAUCCUCGGCGGGCCGGAGGAGGUGUUUUACUGCGCCGGGGUCCUCAUCGCCGAUCAGUGGGUCCUAACAGCAUCGCACUGCGUCGGAAACCAUUCGGAUGUCAACGGGUGGACUAUACAGCUGGGUAUAACAAGAAGGCAUGCCCAUUCGUUUUACGGGCAAAAAGUUAAAGUGAAGCGCGUCGUGCCACAUCCAUUGUACAACGUAGGGGUCGCUCACGACAAUGAUGUGGCGUUGUUUCAGCUUUCAAAUCGAGUAACUUUCCACGAACACCUUUCUCCGGUUUGUCUUCCGCCGCCGGAUAAAGACCUGAAGCCUGGGACAAAGUGCACGGUAAUCGGUUGGGGAAAGAAGGAAGAUACAGGAUUGUCCGAUUACGAACCUGAAAUUAACGAGGUCGUGGUCCCAGUGCUGAACAGAGACCUCUGUAACUCGUGGCUGGAAAACCGGGAUCUGAAUGUGACUGAUGGUAUGAUUUGCGCUGGAUACAAAGAAGGAGGAAAGGACGCUUGCCAGGGAGAUUCUGGAGGACCUUUGUUGUGUCAUGAUGAAGAAGAUGACGAUGUUUGGUUUGUUGGCGGUAUUGUAAGUUGGGGCAUAAAAUGCGCCCAUCCUCAUCUGCCAGGAGUUUAUGCUUACGUACCGAAGUACAUAAAAUGGAUAGAACAGCAGAUAGGAAAAUAUUCGGGAGAGUAAUUGACAAACAAAAAAAAAUUCAUGAGAAAAUGACAAUAAAUGAAACCAGAUUGAAUGGUACAAAUUAUACAAGGUAACUUACAUGAUUUUCUAUGUCAAUUUACACAUGAAAAGAAAACAUAGCAUUUGGUAAUGUUUUGGUACAGCUGAAUUUUUAUCCAGUCUUACAAGUAACCAAAGCCAGAGCUACGCACAAUAUCUAGAUUGAUCCUUUAUAGUGAUAUCUCGUGACAAUUCACCUUGUGUUCGAGCGGACCGCCACAUGUGAUUUGAAUUAUAUACAGCUCUUACAUUUACACAAAUUGCGACGUAUUUUGUCAUUUUUUUGCCGCUGCAUACCUCUUCACGUUACCAAAAGGUUUACCCGCCAACAAAAUCAUUUCCCAUAUUUAUAAUUUAACAGCAUUUAAUGUUGUAAUGAUUUCGAAAAUUUUACACUACAUCACUAGAAACUUUCAAAAUACUGCCAAUCUAUUUGUGGUACCUACUAUUAUUUAACUAAGCAGGAACCUAAUGACAGUAUAUUGAAAAGACAUAUAAACUUAAAAAAGAUAUUGUACGUACAUACGGAUGUUUGGUUCGUAUGGGAAAAAAAGUGUAUUUUAUCCGAAAAUUUAGUUAAAUGUUUAGAGUAAACGUAAUGAAAAAUAUAUGGUAUUUAUAAAUGUUGUUGAUGGGCUUAAAUGUAUCUAACGCUUGUAGGAAGACUGAACCACUAUGCUUAACAUUUUUUAACGCUUAGGAAUAAAUGGUUUACGAAACUUUGUGGUAAUUGUAUCUACAGUGCUGUUCAAAAAGUGUGAGUAAAAUGGUAUAUAUUUCCCUUCAAACUUCAACGUUUCUCCAUUUGAUCCGCUGUUUUGAAUAGCAGUAUAUAAACGGUAUGCUGCGGUGUAAAAAUAAUUUUUUACUCUGUGCUGGAGGUUUCUUAUUUUUUCACUUAUUCUGGAAUACCUGCAACGCCACUUUCUGAAUGAUGAUGAAAUCACUUAUUUUUAUUACGAGUAAAACUCGCUAAAAACAUCAAUCAAAACGCGAUAUAAAAAAUAUUGGAACCUCCAGCGAAACAUAAAUAUAUUUUAUACCCUUAGAAAGAGAAAAUAAUAGUUUUCUAUAGAUUUAUAACUAUAAUAUUAUAGUGUCUAUUAUGCCAUCGUCAUGAAUUUUUAAGAUACAUACUAUGUGCAAGUCAAAACUAUCGGACUGGUUUGAUGAAAAAAAUAUUUACAUCACCUUAUAGAAAAAUUAAUGACUCGUUGAAAAAUUGGCUCGUUAAAAAUAAUAAAUUUAGCAUACCUUAUUUGAGUUCAAAUUAAGCAUUUUCCUAUUGCUGAGGAUUAUUUUUUUAUUACCAGAAUUAAUGCU